GGCCCCGGCGCGGAGCUGGGAGCCUCGGCCAGCGCCCGGCGCCCGCGCCCCCGACCCGCAGCCAUGGUGCCCGGGGCGCCCGGCGCGGCCCUGACCCUCUGCCUCUGGCUGGCGGCCUCCGGGGGCUGCCUGGCGGCCAGCCCCGGCGCGGCGGCUGCACGGCGGCUGGACGAGUCGCUGUCGGCCGGGAGCGUCCAGCGCGCCCGCUGCGCCUCCAGGUGCCUCAGCCUGCAGAUCACGCGCAUCUCCGCCUUCUUCCAGCACGUCCAGAACAAUGGUUCACUGGUUUGGUGCCAGAAUCACAAGCAGUGUUCUAAGUGCCUGGAGCCCUGCAAGGAAUCCUGGGACCUGCAGAAGCAGCAGUGCCAGAGCUUCUGUGAGCCUCUGUUCCCCAAGAAGAACUACGAAUGCCUGACGAGCUGCGAGUUCCUGAAAUACAUCCUGUCCGUGAGGCAGGGGGACUGCCCGGCCCCCGAGAAAGCCAGCGGAUUUGCCGCCGCCUGCGUUGAAAGUUGCGAAGUUGACAACGAGUGCUCUGGGGUUAAGAAAUGUUGUUCAAAUGGAUGUGGCCACACCUGCCAGGUGCCCAAGACACUGUACAAAGGUGUCCCCCUGAAGCCCAGAAAGGAGUUACGAUUUACAGAACUGCAGUCUGGACAGCUGGAGAUUAAGUGGUCCUCGAAAUUCAAUAUUUCCAUUGAGCCUGUGAUAUAUGUGGUACAAAGAAGAUGGAAUUAUGGAAUCCAUCCUAGUGAAGACGAUGCCACACAUUGGCAGACAGUAGCGCAGACCACAGAUGAGCGGGUUCAACUGACUGACAUACGGCCCAGCAGGUGGUACCAGUUCCGAGUGGCGGCUGUCAAUGUGCACGGGACCCGAGGCUUCACUGCCCCCAGCAAACACUUCCGCUCCUCCAAAGAUCCAUCUGCACCACCAGCUCCCACCAACCUCCGGCUUGCAAACUCAACAAUCAACAACGACGGGAGUGUGACCGUGGCUCUUGUUUGGGAUCUGCCCGAGGAACCAGAUAUCCCAGUGCAUCACUACAAAGUGUUUUGGAGCUGGACAGUCAGCAGCAAGUCACUAGUCCCAACAAAAAAGAAGCGGAGAAAGACUGCAGAUGGGUCUCAAAAUUCGGUGAUCCUGGAGAGACUCCAGCCAGACUGUGACUACAGCGUGGAAUUGCAGGCCAUCACGUACUGGGGGCAGACGCGCCUGAAGAGUGCGAAGGUCUCCCUUCAUUUCACGUCCACACAUGCCACCAGCAAUAAAGAACAACUUGGGAAAACUAAAAAAAAUGUGAUGCAGAUACAGCCCCCUUUCCAAAGAAGACGGCCCACUCGCCUCCUGGAAAUUGGAGCUCCGUUCUAUCAGGACAAUCAGCUGCAGGUGAAGGUCUACUGGAAAAAGACGGAAGAUCCCAGUGUGAAUCAAUAUCAUGUACAGUGGUUUCCAGAAGUCUGUGCCCACAACCAAACUACUGGACUGGAGACGUCGUCUGGCAUGACCCGGGAAAAUUAUAUAAUUCUUCAAGAUCUGUCAUUUUCCUGCAAAUAUAAGGUGACUGUCCAACCAACACGGCCGAAGGGCCUCUUGAAGGCGGAAACUGUUUUCUUUACGACUCCGCCCUGCUCUGCUCUCAAGGGGAAAAGCCACAAACAUGUGAGCUGCCCUAGCGAAGCAGGAUCAUUAUGUCCUAACAGUGCCCAAUCUGAGGCCAUCCACCCUUUAUCGCCUGGAAGUACAAGUGCUGACCACAGGAGGGGAAGGGCCCACCACAAUCAAAUCCUUCCGGACCCCCGACCUCCCGCCGUCUUCAGCGCACAGACCCCAUCUCAAACAUCGCCAUCCACAUCAUUACAAGCCUUCUCCAGAAAGAUACUAAACUGCUCAAAAAGAUGUUCAGAAAUGCAACGAAUGGCAUGUGUCAGCUUGUCUGCCUUCAAGGACAGGACGGGGGCACUUGCAGAAGCAGUAGGUCUCCCCGUGGGACUCUCCUCUCCCCUGCGACUUUAGCGCACUGAGUACUUCUGUCAACCUCUGACGUAUCUGGAAACGAGUGACUAAUAGUGAGCUAGUGAAGAUGGGCACCAGCUUCCUACGAGACAAUGAACAAUAGGCCUGUUUAACUGCAAAUUCCGUCUCCACAUCUGGUUUUGCUAAUCUCUAUUGAAUUAUUGCUGAACUGAGAGUUCCCUGAUUUUGGAGCAGCAAAUUCUCAAAGCAAAUUAGUGUAACAAAUACACAGUUUAUACACGCAUGAAGCAUAAAGUUAAUGGAUAAAACCUAUUUUUUAUUAAAUGAUUGAUUUGAUUUGCAAAAUCAACUAAGAUUAUACAGUUUAUAGGCCCUAUUUAUUCAGAUCUUUCAAAAGAUGAUUUUUAUCACGUGAUUUUUAACUGAAAAUUUGUAACCUGAAAUAUAGUCAUUAAAUCUAAAAAUGCUCCCACUUUAAACACCUAAGCUUCAUUUUAUACAAAGACAAGCGAGAGUCCAAUCUGUAUAUUACAAUUUGUGAAAGGCGUCCACAGCCAGAAGGAGUCAGUGAAUUGAGCUGCUAUCCAGAUUUUGCCUUGGAGAAAUUUAAAUUCUUUCCCAGGAAUCCUUUUUAAUAUUUCAAACUAUAAUAUGAGAGAUUUUCCAGAUAUAUUAUCUUAUUCAUAUUUCCCUUAAUGUGGAAAACAGCUGCCGAUAUGCUGUGUUUCACUAUCAUCAUGAAUCUAAAAAUUUACAAAGCUUCUUGCCUAAAAUGACAGAAUCUCAACUAUUGAAUAUUUCCAAAUCUUCCCUGAGAUUUGCCUUUUCCUUAUCAAAGUAAGCUAUUUGUGUGCUAGAAUAUUCUGAGUAAUGUAAAAAAGGGGCUUUGAUUGAUAGAGAAGGACAGCAGUUUGCUUUUGAAGAAACUUUACUCUUUCCAAGUUAUUAUAUCCUGUUGUUUGGAAAAUUUCCCAGGCUCCAAACUCCACCCUUAUAGCAUGAACUCAAGUCAAAACAAGUUAUCAAUAUAUGGUGUUGCAGCGUCUAUGGGGCAACUUGAACACAGAAUGUUUGGUUUAAUAUCGUUUUUUCUUGAGGAAUGCCCAUAUGUAUGUUCAAAAUAUGCAUAUAUGUGUGUGUCUGUUUACUUGUAAGUGUGUGUGUGUAUAUAUAUAUAUACACACACAUACAUAUACGUGCAUUACCUUGAGCAUGAAUAGCUGAAGAAGUUGCUUUCACAGCUCACCAAUGGUGGAUAAAGAUACAGUUCUUCUGAGGGUCAUAGGAUAAUAUAUUUUCCCCAUCAAUGGUGAUUCUAUGAGGAAAGAGCAAUUUAUCAAAAUCAAACAUUUUUUUUAAAAGGCUUCGUCAUCUCCUUCUCUACAUGAGUAAAAAGGGGAAAUUUUCAGCACCGUUAUUCUUGGGUUUGAUGAUGGGACUUGUGAUUUUGUUGUGUUUUCUGAAAGCCUGCAGGUGCCCUGACCCCUCCUGGAAAUAGUGGACAACCCAGGACUCCUUCAUUCAUGGGGUUUCAUGACAGUUUCUAAAAGCAGAUGCAAUAGAAAAGGGAGAGAAACUGUUUUUAUUAUUAUAGCGAUGCAUUUCUUUAGGAAAUCCAGCCUAAAAGCGUGGAUACCUGAAUAGAUUUUGAAAACUGUCUCCUGUGUGUUAAAAUAUUUAAAAAGUGGAUAACACAGGCAGUGUUUUGCAGCUUUGUACAAGUGACAUAAAUUGGAAAUCUCAGAAUGGAAGUUCGUGCUGGUUCCGGAUGGUUUUCUGCGGCGCCUGAUGUGGUCUCAGAUGGACUUAUUGCACUGUGUUCUGAAGUCACUGGGUUCCAAGAAGGAUAUAUUUUGAAUGGAGAGAACAGGAAACAGCCUUCAUUAAAAACACCCCCGCCCUUGAGCAGACACCAUAGAGCUCUUCUCUGAAACUGUGAUUGAUUUCAGUGCCAUUACCAGCAUCUGAAUUUCAAAUUCUUAAAAUUUAAAAAAUUAAGACUUCUAAUUAUUGGCUGCAAGUUUAUCUUUUACCUUAAUUUGUCAUGAAGAAAUCCUAGUAUUUGCGCCAGCAAAUUUUUAUACCAUUGUAUAGUUUAAAAUGCAGGAAUGUAUACACAGAAACAAAAUAUUAUUAUUAUAUGUUUAAUUUUAUAAAAUUUAAUUUUGUUUCUUUUGUCUGGGUAAUAGACAUUGAGCAAAUAUAUUUUUAGUUCCAUGAAGGUUCUGAAGCUUACACCUUCCUUAAAAAAUCUAAAGCAACUCUGAAGAGCCUCUAAUUUUGCUAUAAUAAUUUAAAUUUUAUUAGUAUUAUUGGAAGAAAAAUGCUAUUAAUUAGGCAAUAAAAGAAACAUGAGUUUUUCUUUUAUGAAUUCAAAUAAUAUCCAAUAAUAUUCAAGUGAACAAAAAUAUAAUUACAACUUUUUGAUUUUUAAAAAUUUGGGUGCCCUUAUAAAGAGAUAAAAUCUAUGUUUUUAUAGAAAAACAUAGUUUUAGUGGCUAAUUCUCUAAUAUGUUUCAUUGAAAUUAGAUACAUUUCUCUCAUGUGAGAAAAAAUAUAUUCAGUGAUAGUAUUUACUCUUUAAAAACUUGAGCUCAUCAAAACUAUGAAGUCAUCAAAUCUAGAUGGCAAUCUCGAUAUGCAUUGCAGUUAUACGCAUGCUCUUCAUUUACAACAUUUGCUCUCUGAUGGUGAAUUUAUCUGUGCUACAUGCUUUUUCUAUGUGGAACUCUAUGGAGUGAUUUUAUAAAUGAACAAGUGUUCUUUCAAGUCAAUCAUUGUUUGAAUAUGACAUAUUAGAGAGCAUAAAGUUUAUGACAGGUAAUUAUUUGGAAUGUUUGUUAAACAAAAUUCAAAGUUUAAAAAUACAUCUAUAUCCUAGAAACCUAAACAAACCUGUAACCAAGUCUAUGGACCAGGGUUUCUCCAGCUGGGCACUGUUGACUUUGGGGCUGGACCAUUCUUUAUGGUGGGGGCUGUCCUGUGCACUGUGGGGUGGUGAGCAGCAUCCCUGGUCUCCACCCACUAGAUGCCAGGAGUACGUCCCCCAAGGUGUGACAACCAGAAAUUCUCCAGACAUUGCCACCUACCCCCUGGGGGAUGAAGUCACCCCCUGCUCAGAAUCACUGCAUCGUAGAGGGAUCUUUACUGAAUAGAUGAGAAUUUAGCCUGUAUAAGGAACCAGGUCAAUUACAAGAGUAAGCCCCGGGACUGAGGAAUAGCUGGGAAGUUAUUACAUUUGACUUCAAAGCCCUAAAUUGUGUCUUUUAUGUCCACUGAAAAACUUGUUUAAAAGACUGAAUUCUGACUUGUGUCUGUAUCAUGCAAGUACAGGUAUUAAUUUUGUCCUACAUGUCAGCCAACGUCAUUUGUGAUAAUGACAUGUUUAUUUAAUGCCCUUAAAGGUACCACGGAUUUCCUCAACUUGACUGAUUCCCGUAAUUGCAAAUAUCUCUAAAUCUCAUUACAGAAACUUUCACAUUUAACCAGAACACAAAAGCUAAAUAUCUGUGCAUGUACUUUGAAAUCCAUCUAAAAUAUAAAUAAAUGCAUAAAGAUGGUGACUCUUACCUAUGGUUUUGCAUGGCCAGACUCAGUUUCUUACCUCUGUUGAGUAUUUUAGCAAGUUUUACAAUUUACGGAGUGAUUAACAGAGGUCUCUAUGUAAAGUUGUUAUUUUUCCUUUACGUAAUGAUAUUGUAGUGCGUGGAUAACAGAAGCUCUACCUUCUCAUCCAGAUGGUCUCUAGAAAUCAUGUCCCUUAUAGUGGUCACUUAAAGUCAAUAUUUAUUUAUGUAUGUAAUAAAAAAAUGAUUUUUGUGUGUGUGUGUCAUGUUAUUUAGAGAAAAAUAAUCUUGUAAAAAAAAGCAUUUUGUAAAAAACAAAAAAGUAUUGUAAAUAGUCUGAUAUCCUGUGACUCGUUAUUUUCAUGUUAGAGUUUGUACAUACUGAUUCAGUAAUAAAGUAUCCUUAAACCUG